AAUUGCACGCGAAUUGAUUGCGGCGCCUAUCAUCAGAUUGUCGCGAAAUCAGAUCGUUUUUCGUUUCAAGUGUCACUCGUAGUCAGUAGUGAUUCUAUAGACUUCAACAAUAGUAGUACUUUACAAAACGAAAAAGCCGCAUCAAAAGUGAAACAAUUGAAAAUCCGUUCAAAAUGCAGUUUCUCAACUUGAUUUGCCUAAAGCAAAAAGUUGCAUACUUCAACAACAACAACAACAACAGCAGCAGCAAUAGCAAUAAUAACAACAAUAACAAUAGUGAGUGCAAAGCAGAGCCAGAAUUAAGUGAAACAACAGCGGAGAGUCGAGCCUGCUGCUUUGCAAAGCGACAACAGCACAAGGAGCAACUCGAGCGGCGCAAGGAGCCCAAGGAGCAUAGCUACAACGUGCAACAGCGCAGCAGUGCCAGCAGUGAAGAGUGCCACACGCAUUCCAUCUACAGGCAACACAACGAGGAGUUCAUCGUCCAAUCACAGGCCAACGAACAGCCAAAGCCACAACAACAGAAGCAGCAGCAGCAACAAGAGCGUGUGAUUGCCAGGCAGCCAAGGCGACAGACAACACAACGUUCACAGAGCCAGCCGGCAAUCUUGCAACAGCCGCAGCGCAACAGACAACAACGACCAGGCACACCGCCGCCACACGCCGCAGCUGUUGUUAGAAGCAUGAGUUCGAUACCAGCAACGCUGUCUAGCAACAAUGUUGCAGCUGCCGGCGCCGCCAGCGCACCAGAGAAGCAGCCGUGGCCCAACUCUAAGGAUGAUUACGAGCUGCGUGAUGUGAUUGGUGUGGGUGCCACAGCUGUGGUGCAUGGCGCCUACUGCAUACCCAAGAACGAGAAGUGCGCCAUUAAGCGCAUCAAUCUGGAGAAAUGGAACACAUCGAUGGACGAACUGCUCAAGGAGAUCCAAGCGAUGUCCUCAUGCAAUCACGAGAAUGUCGUCACAUAUCACACCUCGUUUGUGGUGCGCGAAGAACUCUGGCUAGUGUUGCGCCUGCUCGAGGGUGGCUCACUGCUGGACAUCAUCAAGCACAAGAUGCGCACCGCCAACUGCAAGCAGGGCGUCUUCGAUGAGGCCACCAUUGCCACGGUGCUGAAAGAAGUGCUCAAGGGACUCGAGUAUUUCCACUCGAAUGGACAAAUCCAUCGUGACAUCAAGGCGGGCAACAUACUCAUCGGUGACGAUGGCACCAUACAGAUUGCGGACUUUGGUGUCAGCGCCUGGCUGGCCACAGGCCGAGAUUUGUCGCGCCAGAAGGUGCGUCACACAUUUGUGGGCACGCCUUGUUGGAUGGCACCCGAGGUGAUGGAACAGGAUCAUGGCUAUGACUUCAAGGCCGACAUCUGGUCGUUUGGCAUAACGGCCAUUGAAAUGGCCACCGGCACAGCGCCCUAUCACAAGUAUCCGCCAAUGAAGGUGUUGAUGCUGACGCUGCAGAAUGAGCCGCCCACUUUAGACACUGGAGCUGAGGACAAGGAUCAGUACAAGGCCUAUGGCAAGACAUUCCGCAAAAUGAUCGUCGAGUGCCUGCAAAAGGAGCCCUCGAAGCGUCCCACAGCCAGCGAGCUGCUCAAGCAUGCGUUCUUCAAGAAGGCCAAGGAUCGCAAGUACCUCACCCAAACGCUACUGCAAUCCGGCCCCAGCAUGGAGACACGUGUCCACAAGGCAGCCAAACGGCAGCCGGGCGCCUCGGGUCGCCUGCAUCGCACGGUGACCGGUGAGUGGGUGUGGUCCAGCGAGGAGGAGGAUAAUGUGACUGGCAGCGAACGACGCAAGCAGCCGUCGUCGGAUUCAGAGUCUGAGGAUCGUCCCAUCAAUCGGCUGGAGCGCGCCGAUUCAUCGGAUAGCGAUCGCGAGGAGACAACACCAGAGAUUACCCGCAGUUUGUCCUCGGCUACGAUGACACCGGGUGGCGCCGCCAAUCCCGCCGCUGUCCCAGCAGCCAGCGGUGCUCAGGAACUGACAGCUGGCGUGGCACAAAUGGCGCUGCCCAGCGAAGCGGCGGAAGCACCGCCCGUCAAUCUCGUGUUGCGUAUGCGUAAUCUGCGACGCGAAUUGCACGAUAUACGUUUUGAGUUUGCCGUAGGCAAAGAUACGGCUGAGGGCAUUGCCACAGAGCUGGUAGAUGCUGGCUUGGUGGAUGCAUUAGACACACAACCGAUGGCCAUUCACUUGGAUCAAUUGAUUGCGCAAUGCGAUACGAUGAAGACAAUAACGUUCCAGCUGAGCUCGGGAGUGCAGCCGGGCGAGACGCCAGAUGAGCGUUCCCUUGUGGGUUAUGCACAAAUCUCCAUCACGGACUAGGACGCGGAGUUGGCCUAGUGCCUCAAACACAUCCUUCCGCCUGCAACAAUGCCCCUUCCCCAUACGUAACGUUGUCGCAGCCGUCGCCGCCGCCGCCGCUUUUAGCAUAUAGAACUAUAGAGAACUAGAGAUGUAAAUGCUAGUUAUAGAUCUGCAAGCCGUUCGUUAACUCUUAGUAAUUAUAGUACAUACAUUUAUGUACAUGGAAGUACAUAAUUUUAUUUGUAUUGUAACUAUCUCUACACUAUCUAUCUCUCUCUGCGCAUUGUAAUUACUUCAUAUCCUACCUCCCUGCCGUAGUUAGCCGCAGUUUUCCUCUGCUCUAAAAAGUAGCGUAAAAAACUAAUCGAUUUAAUCGUAAAUGCAAAUCGAAAUUGUGUACUUAUUACUA